CUCCAACUGUCAAGAGACCCCCACAGAUGCGGGUCCUAAAAGACGAACAGCAAUAGCAGUGGCAGGAGGCUAGUGGCAGGCUAGUAGCACAAAGCACCUGGCCCAAAAACUUAUCAAUCUCAAGUACGUAUUGGAGUCGAAGAUUUUCUAACCCUCAUCUCUGGCACCACAACCUCACGAUACCCACCACCUGGACGCCGCCUCGCAGAAGCUCUUGUCGCAGCUGGAGAAAUUUUCGCUUGAGUCACUUACUGGAUUUGGAGCGCAUCGAAGUUUCCAGCGAACCUUGACCACCUUCCAUCUGAACCGCAGCCAGCUGCUGCACCUGCCACAAGCUUGCCGUCGCGUACCUCCCGGCCAGCGCGACCACCCCGAGACUUAACAGACGACGUAAACCUGGCGCUUCAACCCAAGGCCUUCGGCGAAGGCCCGCAAGCUGUGGCCAAGAUGGCCCAGCCCAAUGCUGAGCCGGCCGAGGAUUACGACUACGAGUCCUUGCCCCCCAACUUCUCCCUGGCGCAGAACAUGGCGGCCGGCGCUUUCGCAGGCAUUGCGGAGCACACGGUCAUGUAUCCCAUCGAUGCGAUCAAGACUCGCAUGCAGAUCGUCAAUCCCUCGCCGAAUGCCGUAUAUAAGGGUAUGGUUCAGGGCACAAUCAAGAUUGCGACGGGAGAGGGCAUUCUCAAGCUAUGGAGAGGCAUGUCAAGCGUGGUAGUAGGGGCAGGACCUGCGCAUGCAGUCUACUUCGCGACCUAUGAGGCUGUCAAGCAUGCCAUGGGCGGCAACAAGGCUGGAGUUCACCAUCCUCUGGCUGCGGCCACGAGCGGAGCCUGCGCAACCAUUGCCAGCGAUGCAUUCAUGAACCCCUUUGAUGUCAUCAAGCAACGUAUGCAGAUCGCCAAUUCGAGCAAGAUGUACCGUUCCAUGUGGGACUGCGCCAAAUACGUCUACCGAAAUGAGGGUCUCUCGGCCUUCUACAUUUCGUACCCGACUACGUUGUCUAUGACAGUGCCCUUCACGGCUCUGCAAUUCCUUGCGUACGAGUCCAUCUCUACAACCAUGAACCCUUCCAAGCAAUAUGACCCCUUCACGCACUGCACAGCUGGCGCUAUUGCGGGUGGCUUCGCAGCGGCUCUGACUACACCUAUGGAUGUCAUCAAGACCAUGCUGCAAACCCGCGGCACAGCGACAGACGCGGAGCUGAGAUCGGUUAACGGAUUCAUGUCAGGCUGCCGUCUACUGUUGCGUCGGGAAGGAUUCCGUGGCUUUUUCAAGGGUGUUAAACCCCGAGUUGUUACAACCAUGCCAAGCACGGCCAUCUGCUGGUCGGCUUACGAGGCGUCAAAGGCCUAUUUCAUCCAAAGAAACGAUGCUUCGUGAACUUGAUAGAGCUUGAUCUCUGGUCUGUUAUCAGAUCCGAGACCGAGAGCCCGCUCGGCCAUUGUCAUCACACCCUGGACUCUUUGCAUAGCU